AGUACUUCAAUCAAUGUGUUAAGAUCAACUAUUUAAUAAAGAUGGAUGCUAUAAACCCAAUUGUGAACCUACUACUAGAGUUUGACAGUACAACACCUACAGACACUGUGGACUGUGAUCCUACUGGUAUUGUAGCUACAGACAAUACCAUCAUCAUAGCAGAUAAUAUCAAUCACAAACUGAAAGCAUUUGACAAAUGCAAUGGUGCUCUUAUUGAGGAGUUUGAAGAGAUUGGUGGGAUGAAGCUAAAGAAUCCAGAACAACUUGUCCAGCACCUUGACUCGCUUGUGCUCACCUCUUAUGGCCUAGAUAAAAUUUUCCAUAUGGAUGUGAAUUGUCGAAAAAUUCACCACGUCAUAUCCAUGCCAAAAUUCUGUGAUGGAAUAUGCCUUGACUCCUCUGGGAGUUGCAUUGUUUCCAUAGCAACAGGAAAGCCAAGGAUUUUGUUUAUCAAUGAGGAUGGAAUUCAGAAGACGAUUCAACUUACAGCUAAGAACCUUCCCUUAUUUCAACUCCCAUAUUACAUUCAUAGCCAUGGAGAUAUCCUCUACAUAACAGACUCUGGUGAACACAAACUGGUUGCAAUCACUACAGAAACUGAACCAAAGAUUCUAUUUGAAUACACAGGCGAUUCUAAGAAGAAGACCAGUGAACCAUCUAGGGAAGAUCACAAGCUUAAUGAACCAAGGGGAGUCUUAGUUGAUCCACAAGGGAGAAUCCUUGUCUGUGACCAUGGCAACAACCGUAUCCAAGUCCUGAACACAAGAGGGGAGUUCUUAAUGAUGUUACUGAGUGAGAAAGAUGGCUUGGAAAAACCUUGGGCUAUUAGCUACAGAGCUGGGGAAUUGUUUGUAACACAACGAGGUGGAAAAGUAAAAGUAUUCAAAUAUCACAUUUGAAUUCAUUCUGAAAUAUGAGAGGUGUUCUUAAAGUCAUGUGACUUUGACAUUCACUGAUAACACAACUUGAUCAAUAAUAUAUACACUUGAUUAAAUUGACAUAAGGGCCAGUGUGUACUUUGGACUUUUUUGCAAUUUUGAAAAGUAGACAACUGAAUAUUCUAGUUUAAUAUUCAUACAUUCUAAAGAAUUAUCAACCCUCAA